AUGGACGCAGAACCCCCAACUCCCACCUCCCAAGACAACACCAUGCCCGAAUUCACCCCCAUCAACGGCAGUCCCCCCGAAAUCGCGGCCCCUUCAGUCCCGACAACCACCCCUACCAAGCGCGGCAAGUGGCCAGCCGCCACCAACAGCGAAAAUGCAAAGGCCGGCUCGCCUCCCAAGAAGACCAAGACAGCGAGUGCCAGUUCGGCAAAGACUGUGCUCGGCCCUAUCCCCACCUCGCUUGGGGCGGCUGGAUUAUCUGAUAAGAUGAUCCUGCAGAUGAGGGACGAGGAGGGCAAGAAUUGGGGCGAGCUUAAUGAGGCUUGGAUGAAGACUACGGGUAUCAAAGUUGGGGCUAGUACCCUCCGAAUGAGGUAUACUGCUAUGAAGGCCAAUUUUGUGGAGAUGAAUGAGGAUGAUGAAGCUAGAUUUCUCCGAAGCAAGAAGGAGAUCGAGGAGAAUUUUGAGCAGGAAAAGUGGCAUAGGAUUGCUGAGGCUAUUGAAGUUGAUGGUGGCGGGAAGUAUCCUGUUACUGCUCUGCAGAAGAAGUUCAAGCAGUUGAUUAAGAAGGGGAAUCAUGCUGGUGCGCUUAAAGAUGAGGAAUGA